AUGUUGUCAGGAGUUGUGUCCGGAGCAGCCUGUGACCAGCUGCAGUGGUUCGGGCUCCUCCGGAUCCUGAAACUGAAGCCGUGCUCGGCAGUGGCCGCACUGACUGUUGAGCCAGAAUGUUUGAGAUGUCCUUUUCUUGGAACAUUGGGUAAUGUAGACCAUGGGAACCAGUAUCAGAUAAAGUUAAUGUAUGAGCACCAUCUUCAGAGGACAGCCUGCAAUAUGACGUAUGGACCCUUUGGUGGCAUAAAAGGUCGAGAUUUAAUUUGUAUUCAGUCUAUGGAUGGGAUGCUGAUGGUGUUCGAGCAGGAAAGCUAUGCUUUUGGCAGGUUUCUCCCGGGCUCUCUUCUGCCUGGCCCUCUCGCCUACAGUGCCCGCACAGAUUCCUUCAUCACUGUCUCCUCUUGCAGACAGGUGGAAAGUUACAAGUACCAGGUGCUUGCCUUUGCGACGGAUGCAGACAAGAAGCAGGAGACGGAACAGCAAAAGCUUGGUUCUGGAAAAAGACUAGUUGUGGACUGGACUCUGAACAUCGGAGAGCAAGCUCUUGACAUUUGUAUCAUCCCCUUUAACCAGUCAGCGUCUUCUGUUUUUGUGCUUGGUGAGAGAAACUUCUUCUGCCUGAAGGAUAACGGUCAGAUUCGAUUCAUGAAGAAGCUCGACUGUAGCCCCAGCUGCUUUCUCCCGUAUUGCUCAGUGUCUGAAGGCACAGUAAACACCCUGAUUGGGAACCAUGACCACAUGCUGCAUGUUUACCAGGACGUGACGCUGAAGUGGGCCACACAGCUCCCCCACGUUCCUGUAGCCGUCAGAGUGGGCUGCUUGCAUGACUUGAAGGGAGUGAUAGUGACUCUCAGUGAUGAUGGUCACCUACAGUGUUCAUAUCUGGGGACAGACCCUUCUCUGUUCCAAGCUCCAAAAGUUGAAUCAAGAGAGCUCAACUACGAUGAACUUGAUGUGGAAUUGAAAGAGCUUCAGAGAAUCAUCAAAGAUGUAAAGUCACAAGGUGUUUGGCCCAUGACUGAAGGAGAAGAUGACUUGAAAGUCUCCGCAGCGGUCUCCUCCAGCCUUGAUUCUGUGUCUCAAGCCACUAAUGUUGAAGUUGGAGCCGACUCUGUUCCGUCCAUCACAGUGAAGAUCUCCCUGCAGAACCGAGUGGUGUUGCAGAAGGUGAAGCUGUCCCUCUACGUGCAGCCUCCGCUAGUGUCCACGUGUGAUCAGUUCACCUUCGACUUCGCAGUGCCAGAUAUGACCAGCGUAGUAGCAUUUUCUGUCUACCUGAAGAGAAGUUACUUACCAUCCGAAUUAGAAGGAAAUGUGGUUGUUUCUUAUUCCAAACCAACAGAUCGAAAUCCCGAUGGAAUUCCUCGGGUUAUCCAAUGUAAAUUUAGACUUCCUCUGAAACUCAUUUGCCUGCCAGGUCAGCCUUCAAAAACUGCAAGCCACAAACUCACUAUCGACACCAACAAGCCUCCGGUCAGCCUGCCCGGCCUCUUCCCAGGUGACUUUGCCAAUCAGUCAGACGAUGAUCAGGUGAAUGUAAUGGGUUUUCGUCUCCUAGGCGGCUCUCGAGUUACUCUUCUUGCUUCCAGAACUUCUCAACGAUACCGCAUUCAGAGCGAACAAUUUGAAGACCUUUGGCUCAUAACAAAUGAACUUAUCCUCCGCCUUCAGGAAUAUUUCGAAAAACAGGGAAUCAAAGAUUUUGCAUGUUCUUUUUCUGGAUGUAUACCCCUUCAAGAGUAUUUUGAGUUGAUUGAUCAUCAUUUUGAGCUGCGGAUUAAUGGGGAGAAAUUGGAAGAGCUUUUAUCUGAAAGAGCUGUACAAUUCCGGGCCAUCCAGCGUCGGCUUCUAACAAGAUUCAGAGAUAAGACACCUGCCCCGCUCCAACACCUGGACACCCUGCUGGAUGGGACGUACAAGCAGGUGAUGGCUCUAGCAGAUGCAGUGGAGGAGAACCAGGACAGGCUGCUGCAGUCCUCCGCUGGCCUGAGGAGCGCCACCCAUUUGCUGAUUCUUCUGGUCAGACUGUGGCAGAAGCUGAGUGCCGACCAGACUGCUAUUCUAGAAGCAGCAUUUCUGCCAUUACAGGAAGACACACAGGAACUGGGCUGGGAAGAAACAGUGGAUGCCGCCAUAGCCCACCUGUUGAAAACCUGCCUGUCGAAGAGUUCCAAGGAGCAGGCUUUGAACCUCAACAGCCAACUGAGCAUACCCAAAGACACCAGCCGGCUGAAGAAACACAUCACCUUGCUGUGUGAUAGACUAGCGAAAGGUGGGCGCCUCUGCCUGAGCACGGACGCUGCGGCCCCGCAGGCCAUGGUCAUGCCAGGUGGUUGCACUCCAAUCCCAGAGUCGGACCUCGAUGAAAGAUCGCUAGAAGAGUCUGCAGAGCUGUUUACCAACCACAAGCACCUCAUCGCAGAGACCCCUGUGCCUGAAGUUGCAGCCCUCCAGGGAGUUUUGGAAUAGUCGGAGUCAAGCUAACUAGACGGAAGGAAGAUGGCCUCUCUGAGGCUGACCUUGUAUGGACACUGUGCUCCUACCCUGGUGCUUUGCCAAGCUCACCCCUGGAGGUCACUGCGUGGAGAUGGGGUCGGAGCUUUUGUGUGUGCUAGGAGGGCUUGGACUACCACAGACCGGUCAUCCAAAAGACAAGAUUUGUCUUUUCUUCCCAGGAAAACUGUUGCUGCCUUUAGUCUGGAGUGCUGAUAGACAGAGGGUCUAGCAAAAUGGCAGAAUUUGGGGACAGGCUUUAAAAUGCAGGGAUCCAGAUGGAAAGUAAUUUGAUAGCCCAUUUUUUCACAGAAUUCUUAUGUAGUAAAUGUAUCAAGUUUAAUAAAGCAUCUAAUUGUCAAACAAUAACUUGGACAUAAUUUAUAACAAAGGUUAUGCAUGUGAUUUCUCUGUAUUUUUUUUAGAGACACUGAAAAGUUUGCUACUCCCCAGUAAGAUUUGGGUGUGCCUAUUUAAUAAGGAGAAGAAGCGCUCGGGGCUGUCACUGCAUUUGCUCUAUUGAGCUAGCAUGGAUAGGGUGACUUCCUAGUGGGCCCGAAUGCACUUUAAGGAAGCCGGUACACUAACAUCCUCUUUUAAUCACCCUCUGAGUGAUGCCUUCCACAAAUCCAGGGGAU